AUGCCCCUCCUCGGCUCCGCCCUAUUACUACUGCUCCUGGUACUUCCCCAGGUCCAUGCCUUUGGAGCAGGAAACAUCGCCUCAAUCUCAGCAAUCGAAGGCAAGAAUUGGCGCCACGGAGAUAUCGAAGAUGUUCUCAAGACCCUGGCCUUCAUCCACGGCCACAAAUGGACCUCCACCAUGGUCAAGCGCGUGUAUUUCGGCAACUGGCUGCGCGACUAUUCGCAGGCCAUGGACGUAGGCACUCUUAAGAGUUUGCAAGCCGAGACCAUCCGUGUUUUAGUGUGGGUCCUGUCGUUCCUGAGCUUCGGCUAUGCCACCGGUGAAUUCGAGGUCACCUCGGACCGUCUGGGUGUUUAUCGUCCUGAAGAACACAUUGAUAAUCCCAAGGAUUAUGCUGACAAUGAAGAUGCGCGGCAAUUCGACAAGCGCCUGCGGCCUCCGGUGCGUAAUGUGGAGCUGGAAAUUGACCAGAACACCGGUAUGAAGAACUACAUUGCCAAUGAGCGCGGAGACUGGGCUACCAGUGCGGCUUAUAUUAAGUUCAGUCUGAGUCGCAGCAUCCACUAUGGACGUAUGUACACCUCGGGCGGCCAGAAGAAGGGAAAUGAAGAGGAUUUGUGUGAAGCUCUGCGCUGUCUGGGUCAGGGCUUGCAUACCCUCGAGGACUUUGCUGCACACACUAACUAUGUGGAGUUGGCAUUGCGCGAGAUGGGAAUGCAGAAUGUAUUCCCGCAUACUGGCACAAAUACCCAGAUUAACUUGCAUGGUCACCGUGUCUUCCCACUGGUCACUGGAACGUUUGGUAUGGUCGAUUUCUUCCACUCUGUGCUGGGUGAGGCGACGGAUCACUUUGCUCAGUCCGAGGUCAAUGAAAUGGAUCUUGCGCUGGGUGAUGCGGAAACGAGUGCCCAGUCGAAUAACUCGCUCGGUGCGUUGACUGGGCUUCUGGGCAAUAUUCCCGGUACAAAGGAGCUUGUCAGCGAGGCUGAGGGUUUGAAGAGAUCCUCGGCUGCUCAGGACAUGGCUAAUCGGAGCCGAAGCUCUGCAAUGGGCUAUGCGGAGUCGUCUCGCAGCAGCGGUACGGGAUCCAACCAUCCGUCGGGCACUGCGAAGCCAGGAACUGGGUUUGAUGGCAUGCCUGAUUUCAACCCCCAGGAGACAGUGGCCAAGAUCUACCCCAUUCUGCAAUUCCGGGAUAAGGUGGUGCGCAAGUUGGACUCGAUCAUCGAGAAGAUUCCAGGACUCGAAAGCCUGGUCGAGAAAAUCUCCGAGACCCUAACUGUCGUGAUCAUGUCCCUUCUGGCGCCCUUUGUGCGUCCCUUGAUCAAGGCUGCGUCCAAAUCUCUGCAAACCGGGUCAGCGGGCGUCAUCGAUGCCUCUGGAAAGCAUCAAUACGAACCAUGGACUGAUCCCCACUGCACGGAUCCCACCCACUCCCUCCUGUCCAAGGAUCACUUCGCAAACAUCUUGAACGAACCAGCCGGUCGAGUUGCAUCUUCAAUCGUCGAGUACGUUGCUCCCCGCAUCCUGUACGCCUGGCAACACAUCGACAUAGCCGAGAACGAAGUCCUGGAUGACUGCCUGCAAGUAUUCCACCACCCAGCACUGCGUAACAUGCGCAACGACGCCCACCGCAGCAUGUUCGAAGCCGUUGAAAAAUGGGCCCAUGCCCGUCCAGACCGCGGCGCCUCCCUAAACAGCAUCCUCAGCUCCGAAGGCGUCCGUUCAGGCCGCAACACCGGCGGCGUAAGCCACACCCACACCGGCGGCCACGGCGGAUUCGCAACACUAGGCAACAAGCCCCAUGGCCAGAAGCCAAGCCACGGGAGUCAGCACCACAGCAGCCAAGGCCACUCUGGAUUUUCAUCAUUCCUCUCCGGGCAAAGCAAUCAAAGCACACAAAACAAUAACACAGGCAUGCCAUGGGACAAAUUAUCCAACCUCCCUAUUCCAGGAAUAUCCAACCUCAACAAACUGAACAAAUUCUCAAACCUCAUUCCAGGUGGACUGACCCGCGAUAUGGACGAUAACUCCCAUUCAUCGCAAUCGCACCAGCAUCGACCGGCUGGGGAUGUAUCCACGUUCUCGCAUCCUGACGUAAACGUUCAAAAUGAAUAUCAGAAUCCGUACUCCGAUUACCACAAUCUGAACUCCCAUCCGCAGCCAGAAUAUCUGCAUGGACCACCAGGCUUCCAGGAACAUCAACAUCAGCCGGAAAGUCAGCCUGAGCAUGGAUUGCAUCACCAUGGUCAUGGUCAGCAUCAUGGUCACGCCCACUCCCAUGGCCAUGGUCAUAGCCAUGGACAUGAGCACAGACAUUCUCACACGCAUCAUGGAUCUCGGUAUUAG